GCCCCUUAAUCAUUUCUUAAUACCCUUUUUAAUAACGCUUUUUGACUCUAUUUGCUUAAUGGUUGCUGGUGGUUUAGAUGAUUGUAAAGAUGUUGAUGUUGUGAGUGAGAUUGCUGAUUGUUCUACUUCAGGGAUGGCUCGAGCUGUUAGUUUGGGUCUUCAAGAGUAUCCGAGUCUUGAUUAUGAUAAUGUGAAUGAGAUUAAGAGUGUUCCUGCUGCAUCAUCUGUCUUUGAGUUUCAAAAGACUGAUAAGGAAAAGGUUCCUCAAAGAUUGCCUAUUAGAUCAUUCUCUAAACCGGCUCCAUCUAAAUGGGAUGAUGCUCAGAAAUGGAUUGCUAGUCCUACAGCUAACCGACCAAAGACUGGAGGACAGGUUCAUGUUCCGGGUUCGAGGAAAGGGCCUAGCUUUGGUCGCCAGACUUCUAUGAAGAUUGUUGAAGUUGCUGAUCAAAGAACGGUUGAAGAACCUGACACAAAACGGAUAGAUGUAAGCGAAAUGAGAAAGGAGACAGGACACAAGUUUGUUAGCUGGGAAGUUGAUUCAUACACAGCUGCGGAUUCAUAUGUCAAACCGGUUCUUAUGGUUGAGAACUCUACUGAAGUUAAUCUCAGUCGACAUGACUCGUCAGUUGCAACUGCGUUUGCUCAGCCGCCUUCAACAGUNCCGUUGAGAUUCAGCUUUUAUCUUCUUUGGCUUGGCACUGAGAUUUUUAGUCGCCNGACUCCUAUAGCUAGCCAAGAACCUUCAAGAAACGGGACACCGAUCAGGGCAACAACGCCAAUCAGAAGUCCUAUAUCUUCUGAACCUUCAAGUCCAGGGAGGCAAGCAUCAGCUUCUCCUAUGACUAAGCAGGAACUGUCAGAGAAAGAGCUUCAAAUGAACACUAGGAGAGAGAUAAUGGUGUUGGGUACUCAACUUGGUAAAUUAAACAUUGCUGCUUGGGCUAGCAAAGAGGAUGAAGACAAAGACGCUUCAACAUCACUGAAGACCAAAGCUUCUCUACAAACUUCUAAAAGUGUCUCUGAAGCUCGUGCUACCGCGUGGGAGGAAGCAGAAAAGGCUAAGCACAUGGCUAGGUUCAGACGCGAAGAGAUGAAGAUUCAAGCAUGGGAGAAUCAUCAAAAAGCAAAAUCUGAAGCCGAGAUGAAAAAAACUGAGGUGGAAGUUGAGAGGAUUAAAGGACAAGCGCAAGACCGGUUGAUGAAGAAACUAGCUGCAAUCGAGCGCAAAGCAGAGGAGAAGCGAGCAGCAGCUGAAGCAAAGAAAGAUCGUCAGGCAGCUAAAACAGAGAAACAAGCUGAACAAAUCAGAAGAACAGGCAAAGUACCUUCAUUGUUGUUCUCUUGCUUUAGCUUUUGUUCUUAAUAACAUAUAAUCCAAUCCUUAAUGUGGUGUUUGUUAAUUCUCAAGAACUAUCUUUCUAUCAUUUGUAUAAUAAAAGCUUUUUAAAACUACUUUCUUGUGAACUUUUUUA